CUAUUUAUUUAUUUCAUUAUUUUUUUAAACCGGGUUGCAGUGGAUUGUGGCUCUGCGUUUCCAGCUAUUCUCCAUCCGUCCAUCCAUUCGUCCGUCCGUCCGUCCGUCCGUCUCGGCGCCGAUGCCCGCCUGAAGGGCAGAGCCAUCAUGUACCUCCUGGACAGCAGCGAGCCGCCGGCCGCCGCCUCCUCCCCCGAGAGGAUGCAGCGGGGCACCCCGCAGAGGAAGACGGUGUACCGCAUCUCCGUGACCAUGGUGAAGAAGGAGCUGCUGGGGCCCGAGAGCGGCCGCGCCGGCCCCGAGCUGCCCCGGCGCGGGCGGAGCCGCCCGCCGGGCUCCUCCAGCCUCACCAGGGCCGGGCUGCUGCUGCUGGAGGAGGAGGAGGGCGAGGAGGAAGGCGAGGAGCGGGACAGGGUGCCCAGCCCCUGCGGCUUGCGCACCUUCCGGACGCUGAGCACGGGGCAGCUGGAGCUGGGCCGCCUCAAGGUGCCCCGGAGAGCGGGGGCGCCGCGGGGCAGCGCCGGGCCCGGAGCAGCCGCCGCCGCCGCCGCAUCCCCGCCCGGGCAGCAGGAGGGGGACGAGGCCGGGGGGCCCGGGGAGGAGCCGGGCCCGGCGGAGCGCGGCCACAGCCCGCGGCGGCACUCGGGGCUGCUGCGGCGCAGCUUCAGCUUCAGGCACUGGAGCGGCGGCGUUGCGGAGCCGGCCCGGGUGCGGCGGCACAGCAGCUCCGGCUGCCUGCCCGGGCCGCCGCCGCCGCCCUCGCCGCCCGCCGCGCUGCCCGCCGAGCCCCCCGAGAAGCGCAACACGCUGGACGUGGGCGAGGUGCUGAGCCAGGCCGAGCCGCUGUCCCGGCUGGAGCGCUGGGAGCGCAGCAAGAGCAAGAACCGGACCCUGGAUAACAGCGACCUGCAGCGGCUCUCGGAGCGCCUCGGCCGGGAGGGCCCCGCCGGCGGCAGCGAGCACCGCCUGCUGCGCUUCUUCAGCGGCAUCUUCGCCCGCAGGGACGGGCCCGCCGCCCUCUUUGGCAGCCCCCACGGGCGCUCCCCCCGCAGCAGCUUCUCCCGGUCCAGGGCUUAUUUCAGCAGCCUCAGGAGAGCCGCCGUGGAGAUGCAGUCCAGCUCCGAGAGCAUCAAUGGGUCCCCCCAGAAAGAUGCCUUUGUGAACAGCCAGGAAUGGACCCUGAGCCGCUCUGUGCCCGAGCUGAAAGUGGGGAUCGUGGGGAACCUGGCGAGCGGGAAGUCGGCGCUGGUGCACCGCUACCUGACCGGCACCUAUGUCCAGGAGGAGUCACCUGAAGAUAUGGAUGCAGGUGGGAGAUUCAAGAAGGAGAUAGUGGUUGAUGGCCAGAGCUACCUGCUGCUGAUCAGAGAUGAAGGAGGCCCUCCAGAGGCACAGUUUGCCAUGUGGGUGGAUGCUGUCAUCUUUGUGUUCAGCCUGGAGGAUGAGGUCAGCUUCCAGACUGUUUACCACUACUACAGCCGCAUGGCCAACUACCGCAACACCAGCGAGAUCCCCAUGGUGCUGGUGGGCACCCAGGAUGCCAUCAGCUCCACCAACCCCCGUGUCAUCGACGAUGCCAGGGCCAGGAAGCUGUCCAACGACCUCAAGAGAUGCACUUACUACGAGACCUGCGCCACCUACGGGCUCAACGUGGAGAGAGUCUUCCAUGACGUGGCCCAGAAGAUCGUUUCCACCAAGAAGAAGCAGCAGCUCUCCAUUGGACCCUGCAAGUCUCUGCCCAACUCUCCGAGCCACUCCUCCGUGUGUUCUGCCCAGGUUUCUGCCGUGCAUAUCAGCCAGACCAGUAAUGGAGGAGGGAGUUUAAGUGAUUAUUCCUCCUCUGUCCCAUCAACUCCAAGCACCAGCCAGAAGGAGCUGCGGAUCGAUGUUCCUCCCACUGCCAACACUCCAACUCCUGUGCGCAAACAGUCCAAGCGCCGCUCCAACCUCUUCACGUCUCGGAAAGGGAGUGACCCAGACAAAGAGAAGAAGGUCCUGGAGAGCAGAACAGACAGCAUUGGAAGCGGCCGUGCAAUCCCAAUUAAACAGGGGAUGCUGCUGAAGCGGAGUGGCAAGUCCCUGAACAAGGAGUGGAAGAAGAAGUACGUGACACUGUGUGACAACGGCGUGCUGACCUACCACCCCAGCCUGCACGAUUACAUGCAGAAUGUCCAUGGCAAAGAGAUUGACUUGCUGAGAACCACUGUGAAGGUCCCUGGCAAGAGGCCACCCCGAGCCACCUCAGCCUGUGCCCCCAUCUCCAGCCCCAAAACCAAUGGCCUCUCCAAAGACAUGAGCAGUUUACACAUCUCGCCAAAUUCAGGGAACGUGACUACUAGCACAUCUGUGUCUCAGAUGGCCAGUGGGAUCAGUCUGGUGUCCUUCAACAGCCGCCCGGACGGUUUGCACCAGCGCUCCUACUCGGUCUCCAGUGCAGAUCAGUGGAGUGAGGCCACAGUCAUUGCCAACUCUGGCAUUAGCAGUGACACGGGCCUGGGAGAUUCAGUGUGCUCCAGCCCCAGCAUCUCCAGCACCACCAGCCCCAAGCUGGACCCCCCUCCUUCCCCCCACGCCAACAGAAAGAAGCACCGCCGGAAGAAAAGCACAAGCAACUUCAAAGCUGACGGCAUCUCGGGCACGGCUGAGGCCAAACGCAAAGCUUGGAAACUAAACCGUGUUGGUAGCCUGCGAAAUAUUUACAGCAGCAGCAGCACCAACACCGAAGAGCAAGAAGAGAACUUUGAGUUUAUCAUUGUCUCUCUCACGGGCCAGACUUGGCACUUUGAAGCAACCACCUACGAAGAGAGGGACGCGUGGGUCCAAGCCAUAGAGAGCCAGAUCCUGGCCAGUUUACAGUCCUGUGAGAGCAGCAAGAACAAGUCGCGCCUGACCAGCCAGAACGAGGCCAUGGCCCUGCAGUCCAUCAGGAACAUCAGAGGCAACUCCCACUGCGUGGACUGCGAGGCACAGAACCCCGACUGGGCCAGUCUCAACCUGGGGGCCCUCAUCUGCAUCGAAUGCUCAGGUAUCCACCGCAACCUCGGCACGCACCUGUCCCGCGUGCGCUCCCUGGACCUGGACGACUGGCCCAUCGAGCUCAUCAAGGUCAUGUCAGCCAUUGGCAACGAGCUGGCCAACAGUGUGUGGGAGGAGAACAGCCAAGGCCACGUGAAGCCUUCCCCAGACUCCACCAGGGAAGAAAAAGAGCUCUGGAUCCGCGCCAAGUACGAGCAGAAGCUCUUCCUCGCCCCUCUGCAGUGCCUGGAGCUCUCUCUGGGCCAGCACCUCCUGAGGGCCACGGCCGAGGAGGACUUGAGGACGGUGAUCCUGCUGCUGGCCCAUGGCACGCGCGACGAGGUCAACGAGACCUGCGGCGACGGCGACGGGCGCACGGCCCUGCACCUGGCCUGCCGCAAGGGCAACGUGGUGCUGCUGCAGCUCCUCAUCUGGUACGGCGUGGACGUGAUGGCGCGCGACGCCCACGGGAACACGGCGCUGGCCUACGCCCGCCAGGCCUCCAGCCAGGAGUGCAUCGACGUGCUGCUGCAGUACGGCUGCCCCGACGAGCGCUUCGCCCUCAUGGCCACCCCAAACCUGUCCAGGAAGAACAACAACCGCAACAACAGCGGCGGGAGGAUGCCCACCAUCAUCUGAGGGGAACGCCUUGGCUGAGCCCGGCGGCGGCCGCAGCCUCACAUUCCUCCAUCGCCAUUGCAGCUCCGCUCUGUGAGUCCGCUGCCUCUCCUCCUCCUCCUCCCUUUUCCCUGCGUCCAUCCCGAGUGCCGGCGGAGCGCGGGGGGCCCGGGAGGAGCGCGGGGGCUGCGGGCAGGCCCUGGGUUUGGGGGCCAUGCCGGGCAGGCCCUGGGUUUGGGGGCCGUGCCGGGUGGCACCGGCACCGCGGGGAGAGGCGAGCCGGAGCGGAAGGAAGGAAAGAAAGAAGGAAAGAAGGCAGGAGAGACGGUGACUUUCCCUAAGUGACAGUGAAGCACAUCAGAACAUUUCACCUCUGCGGCGCCUGGAUUUCCAUUCUCUUCUCCCGAAGAGCUUGACGGCAUAAAUCAGAAGCAAGCACAGAGUUUGUCAGGUUUGAAGCUCCUAUGAUGGUAUGUGUCAAAUCAGUUGUAGCUAAUCUGUCCGGGGAGAAUACUGGCUUCAUUACACUUGUAUAGUUGAGUUCUUCCAGCAUUACUGCUGUUUAAUAGAACAUGAUUAGUCAUCACGGAGAAAAAAGCAUAUUAGCUGAGGAGGUAGUUACAUGGCACGCUUCGGUGAUUGCUUGGAUGUGAUUGCAAUAUUCUUAGAAGCAUCAUAUUAUCUCAGACAUGUUCUUUCGAGCCCUUGGAGCCCUCCUUUCUAAAUUCACUGUCAUAAUUUAGUAUCUGUUUAAUUUUUCAGUCCAAAGAGAGGAAAUGAGUUGCUGAGUGUUAUUUGACUGCAGUCUCCUUGGUGUAAAAACAAAAUGGAAAAAAUAAAUAAGGGUAAGCCUGAAACACAAAAAGGAAUAAUGAAUACUGCUGUGGAAAACAACAUUUCAAGUGCGUUUGGUGAAAUUAAUAAAUGCAUUAAAGGCUAAUUUUUUUUUAAUUUUUUUUUUUAUGUUUUCAGCCAGCAGAAAUAGGUUCUGUCAUUUUGCCAAGGCAAAUUGUGUUGAGUUUUUUGGUCACUCCUGUGAUGCAUUGCCUAACUUAUACAGAUUUUUGUAUUGUGUCUCUAGAUUCUAUGUAUUUAAAAUCUAUUUGAAUAAAAAAAAGGACCGUAAAUAUACAUUGAUUUUUUUUUUGUACAGAAAAUUACGUCUCUGUUAAUUUAUAAACUGUAAUGGAUGUGAACUAAAUAAUGUGCAACUAGUUAGGAUCUGUGGGUUACAGAUCAUUAUUGUACAUUGAUAAUAAUCCCAGCAGUGAACUCUUCUUUCCAAAGCCUGUGAGGAACAACAUAUCAGAAGGAGAUCAGGGAAGGGAAAAAAAAAGCAUUUAGGAAGGAGAAAAGAGGCUGUUCCUCAGCACUGUAAAUAUAUUUUACUCCAGAAGUCAGGAAGCUUUCACAAGCCAAGACAAAAAGGCCCAUUCUGGCUGGGGGAAGAUCAGAUUUGAUUAAGUUGAGAAUUGAUAGCCUUCAGCACGGCGGGCAGGGCUGCUUUCGGCGAGAAAAAUGGCUUGUGCAAGUGCCCUGGACAGUUCCUUUCAAUUCCAACUUUUAACACCUGAUUGGGCCAUUUUGGUCUUGCAUCCCAGCUUCUCCUGCCUCCCACUAGCAGCAUUCUGGCGUGGGGAAGCAGAGGUUUUGGCAGGCAGAAAAGUGAUUUUUUUUAUUGUUGUUGUUUUUCUUUUUUCUUUAGAAGUGGCUUAUGGCAAUGUGGGGAUGGGGGCAUGGUUUAUCAUGGGGAAAGCUGAAAACUCAACUGAAUUGGACGGCAAAGGAGCAGUUAUGUGAAGGCAGGGAGGUGCACACAGCAGAGCAAUUUGCAGAUCUACCUGCUCCUGUGCAUUUCCCAAGCCUUUAUGGUGCUCUCUCUUCCUUGGGGCUCUGGGUUUCACUGAGCACACAAAUGGGAGGAGCAGUUGCUGAAUAAACUGAAUGUGGACAAAAUGCAAAGGAGGAAAUGCCGCGUGGUUAUCUUAAGGAAAACCAAAAAAAAAUGAAAAAUUAUGGAUUUGAGGCAAAAUUGUGGCUGAAAAACGAGCCUUGAGGUGGAAGCACAGGGAUAUUGACCAGCUUCUCCUCUUUGGUGGUGUUGUCCUUUUGUACUUUGUUGUAUUCUAGACCUUUGAGUAUCUGAGGGGGGGGAAAUCUUUCUCCAGCCAGCCAAGGCUGACUGCACCAGACACAACUGAUUCCCUUCCCCCUGGGAUACUUCUAAAUAUUUGAAUUUUUUUUUUUAUUUUUAAUUCAGAAAAGGUGUCUGUCUGAACUGCCAUUUCUCCACCAUUCCUGACAUUUGGUACUUGGAGGUGGUCCCUCAGGGAGGGGACAGCCCAGCUGAUGUGGGAUGCUGUGAAACCCCCUCUGUGUGCUGGUGCUCAGGAGCUUUGCCACAGCAGGGAUUCGGGAAUGGCAAUCCCAGAGGUGCUAGAGCUCCCCCCAGGAGCAUCCAGGGCAUUUGUAUCCCAAAAACCAAGUCCAGUGUGUCCAACCCAGGGUUCAAAGUGCACAUUCCUUUUCAGAGCUGGGUUUUUUUUCCUUAAUUGAGAUGAUUUUCUGUACAUUGUUGAAUGCUCUCUUUGGGCCACCUUCCUCUGACAAGGCUGAGGGUGAUGUUUGAGAAACAAGGGCAACCAGGCAGAUUGCAGGAGGACAAAUUUCAGGGUCCUUUCCUAAAAAUCUUCUGAGGCCAACCCUUGAAAAAACACGGAAUAUUUUUAGGAGAGGAAAUUCCAGUCUAUUACAGGAAAAAUUAUGCAUCCAGGCAAGCGAAGUGCUGCUUUAAUUAAGUGGUAGCGUGGUUGCUUUUAACCUAAGUGUGGUUUUCCCCUAAGUGUUGGCAUAACUGUGUUGAAGCAGUGUGGCCUGGGGGUCUGUGGGGAGAAUUCCCAGCCCUGCAGGUGGCAGAGCUCCCUUGGAAGGUCAGGAGAUGCCAGAAUAUCCUGAGCUGGAAGGGACCUGCUGGAUCCUGGUGGGGCUUGUCUUGGAGAGCUCCCAGGCUUGUCAGGGGAUGUGUUUGCACUUUGCAGAGGCUGCUCCUGGAGCCAUCCAGGUGCAGAAUCAGGCAAGGCCCCCUGGCACUUGGAGGUCCCACAGGAAUGGUGGUUCCUGACGCUUUCACUCCAUUCUCCACCCCUUUGCCACUCCUUGGCUCGUGUUUAGCCACUCUUGUUGCUUGUUUGGAGCCCUCACACCCUUGGAGCGUGUUGGGAACAAAACAAGCCCUAGCUGUGACCCAUUCCAUGAGAAAUCCCAGCAGACAGCCAGCAGCCAGAGCUGUUUUCUCUGGAGGCUGUGGCAGUGGUUGGCAUUGCACCCCCAAACCCUUCCCUUCAUCCCAGAUACCUUCAAAUCCCCCUUCCUCUGCACUUUAUCCAUGACUAAAACACUAGGAGCAGCUCAGCCACUGGUGUUUCCAUAUUUCCUCCUCCCUUUGGCUAAUUGCUGUGGAAUUCAGUUGGAUGUGUCACAGCUGAGCCUGGAUAUUGCCAGGACAGUUCCCUUCUUUCUCCUUGCUCUUCAUGAAGGAAAAAGCCCCAACCAUGGGAAAAUUCUGCCCUGAAUGCAGAGAUUUGGCCAAGGGCUCCCAUUGCCAGAUUUCCAAUUUUGGUGGUUAAAAAAAGGAGCAGGGAAAAGAAAGGAAAGCUUGGAGAACCUUGGUGCUGCUGGGAAAGCCGGGUGAGCUCCUGGAAGGUGGAGAGGGCUUUGAAGCAUUUGGGUGCAGUGUAAAAUAACUGUGUAAACAUUGUUUAAUUCACUGUCUUGUCCCCCUUCCCUUAAAUUAUGUGUGUUAGUGCAAGAAGAAGCUUUAGCUGCACUUGGAGAUUUGCCUGGGCCAGAGAAGGCCGAGUCAUGUGGGGAGAGGAGCGGAGGUGGGAGCGCAGGUCCGGGUGUGGAAGCGAUCUCCAGCACUGUAAUGUAGAAAAAUUAGAGUCUAUGGGGUUGGAAUAGCUUCAGCUUUUAUAUUUGUACGGAGAUCGGGAGAAAUGAAGUAAUUUGUAGUUUCUAGUUCAGAGUAGUGGUAGUGGAGACAAGCACAGAUUUCACAAGGGGGUCCCCAAGGGGCCCUUCCCAAACGUCUCGGGGAGCCGCCUUUGCACCUUAACAGGGAUGGUUUGUGGGGUUUGUUGUUGGUGAAAUGGUCAUUUCAUGUUUGGUUACGUGGUUCUUGUCAGAGGGGGGACUCGAGGGCAGCGUUGGGGACCAAACUUUGGGGCAGCUUGGCUGGAGAGGAGACAACUUCCCUCUUCUCAUCUCACUGUCAGGCAUCUUCCUUCCCCCUCUGGGGGCUGCUGCAGCAGUCCUGUCCUUAGGUGGGAUCUCUGCCUGUGGACCCUCAACUCCACACCUUCCAUUCUGGAUGGUUUGUGGGUAACAUUUACUGCACAGAAAAGCCAGGUUUGGAUCUUCUUGUGUUUGCUGCACAAGAGGGAAAAAAACCCAAAACUGCUCCGGAGUAAAGUUCUUGUCAAGGCAAAAAAGAAACACUGAACUACCCCAAAUCAAGAGGUUCUGCAGUGAGUUUUGAGUUCUAAGCUACCAAAAAAAAAGGAAGGUUGGUUUGAAUGGUUUUAUUGGAAAAUAAUAAUAGAGGUCGUAGAGCAAAACAUCCAGAGCUGUAGAUGGGUGGAUUUGUUGGUUUAGGAUAUUUGUAGGUUUUGCUUUGUUGUUUAGCAUGGGCCAGUUUUUACAGUAAAUAUUGGGACAGUUUACCUUGACUUGACUGAGUCUGUCCCACAUUUUAAAGGGAGGUUUGAGGGCUUUUGGCCAGGAUUGUCAGGAGCUGUGAAUAGUUCACGUUUAGAGAGGGGAAUUGCAUGAUUUCUGAAAAGUAAAAGGUCAGUCUGGGGUUUUUUUAGGGCCAUCUUCAGCCCCAAAUUGCCAAGCAUGUUUCUGGCCCCAUGUUUCAUUUCAGGGUGACAGCAAGAUGUGGGUGAAUGAACUCCCAUCGUUUCCUACCAUGUUCAGGGGGGAGGAUUUUGCUUGUGGGUGGAUAAAAUAAAGCUGUCUUUGUGCAUUUCAGCAGUUUUAACCUCUUCAUCUCCCUGUGCCUGCCUGCACCCCAGUCCCCUGUGGCACAUUGGGUUCUGUGGGCAGGCAGAGCCUCAGCUUCCCCUCAGCCAUGGAUUUUCUGGAUGUGGUUUAUUUUAGCUUCCAGUGCUAGGGCCUGGCUGCUUUGCAGUGCUUCAGAGCUGCUCAUUGUUCCAUCUGUGUGUUGUGUACAGGAUGUGAGGGGGGUGGGUGGGGGGCACCUCAGAGGUCUCAUGGCAUGCCUUGGGGACGGUGGCACCUUGCUUGCUGGCACUGAAUGCUCCCUGCUCCUCCCCUCUUCCCAGAACUGAUCCAUGUGGGGUUUUUGUACUCCUGAAGUAGCUGAAAACACUCCCCUGGUGUUCAGGAAUUGCAGGGCACGAGGAGGAAAACCCCUCACAGAGAGAGCUUGCCCACAUCUCCUCCGUGCCCCAAAGCCCAGACUCCUCCUGCAGGGCCCAAGAAGGGUUUUGGUGCUGAAUGUGGGGGUUUGGCAUCUGCAUCCCAAAUGUAGGGGUUGAGCUGAGUUGAACCGGCGGGUGAGGUGCAGCCAGGGUGUCCUGAGCCCUCAGGUGUCACCUGGAGGUCACUUUGCACUUGCUGUGUGUGUGUGUGUGUGUGCUGGUGCCACAGUGCUGUCAGGGACUGUGGGAAUGCCCUAAUCACCGCCAGGAGCUGGAGCCAGCCUCUGGAUGGGAGUUUAUCCCAGCUGGAGUCAGACCAGACACUGCCUGGAGGGGAGGUGCAGGGAGAUGAGCUCCAGGCUUGCUGCAGCCUCAGGGGUUUUCCAACAAUCCAAUUCCUUCAGGCAUUCCUUCCUCAGCUUGAGAAAGCCUUGAGCUUGGCCUGCAGGGCUGGAGGGGAGACACCCUCCCUCUGACCAGCCCUAGGGGUGGGAAACUCCAGGGAAGGAGAUCCUGAAGGUAGAAGGGGCACAGUCUGGCAUUUCAGAGGCUCUUUUAAAUAGCAAUUUGCUUGAGACCCAUUUUUCUGGCGGAACCUGGCUGUGGGACCGGUGAGCUGCCAGGGAUUGAGCAGCCCUUGGGGUCCUGCUGCCUUGUGGGGCUGCUGGGGAGAUGUUUCCAAGGGAGAUGUUCUAAGAGCUGUCUCCAGCUCCUCAUCCCUCCCUCCAGCUGUCCUUGGCCAUGACUGGCUCCAGAAUUUUGCAGUGGGGGUGUCACAAACCUGGGGUGCUGCAGGCUGGGAGGAGCUGAGCCGGCCAGCUGUGCUUUCCUGUCCUUCCACAGGGAGAGGGCAGGAAGGAGCUGGGGGGAAAAAUUAGAGGAUCUUGGAAACAAUGGGAGGAUCUUGCCUUUCCCACUCCCUCAAUUCCCUGGAAGUGCUGUUGAAACCCCCCUCCAGAGCUUUUUCCUGAGGCAAGCAGGGGCUCAGCUGGAUUCUCCAUGGAAUCUGCUGAGGAGAAGAGGAUGCGCCCAUCCUCUGCCAGUCCCAGGUGUCCCUCUUGCUGUGUCGCUGUCAGAAGCCCCUUUCACUGGUGGCUGCACGUGGGUGCACAGGCUGAGGGGGGUUUGGGGCAGGAGUGUCCCCCAAGACACCAGGGACUCCUUUGGUGAUGUUCCUGACUCUUGGAACAGCCAAGAGCUCGGAUCUGCAGCUCCUGCUGCCUUAAAACCCCUGGGCUUCAGCAGGAGUUGAGCAACUCCCAGAAGCUUGGCCCAGCCCUGAGCAGCAGAUUUUGUGUUCAGCCCCCAAAUCCUCCAGGUCCUUCUGCUUUGUGGUGUUUGUCUGUGCAGCUGAGCAGGGAGGGAGCCCAGGUGAGCAGGGAACACCUGCCUGGGGCAGAGGCAGGAGGUACCCAGCACAUGGCAGGCUUCGUAGCAAGGUUUGGGUUGUUGGGGUUUGGGUUUAUUUUUGUUUGUUUUCUGUUUCUGUAAAUAAUAAUGUAUAAAUGAUGAUGAGACAGUGUGGAAAUUCUAAAAAAAAAGAAAAGAAAAAAAGGCAAAAAAAAAAAAGGUCUUUUGUUGUUGUUUUUAUAUUACCUCAUCCAGCAAGUUUGUUUUACAAUGACUCAAUGAUGCUUUAUUUAUAUUGUUUGUACUGUAAUUAAACCAAUUGACAAACAUUUCACUUUGCUUGUUGUUUCCUAUUAUUUGGGUUUGAUUAAGUAUGCCAGUUUGUAUUAUGUUCCCCCUUCCUCUCUCUCUCUCUCUCUCUCUCUACACGUCGAGAUUUUUUGUGUCAGCUGUACAGUAUUCUGAAUAAUUAAAAAUAAAAAUAAAAAUUUAAAAAAAAAAAGGAACAAAAAAGCUGUAAAGUACUGCAGAGAGAGGCUGCUAUAUUGUAUAGGUCUCUUUCUAAUAAAGACAAGAAAACUUGUUGGUUGCA